UAAUUAUUAUUAGGCUACCCAUUGAUUUAAAACAGCAACAGCAGCACUUUAACCGUAUAAGCUGUGCUUCCUGGUUGGACGCAGGGGGCUAACGUUUGAUUGAACGCUACGCUAAACUGCAACUCGUCCAAAAUGGCUGGUCAGGAAGAUCCAGUGCAAAGAGAGAUUCACCAAGAUUGGGCGAAUCGAGAGUAUAUAGAAGUUAUAACGAGCAGCAUAAAAAAAAUCGCCGACUUUCUUAACUCUUUUGAUAUGUCGUGUCGAUCCCGCUUGGCCACCCUCAAUGAGAAGCUGACAGCGUUGGAGAGGAGGAUUGAAUAUAUUGAGGCGAGAGUCACGAAAGGAGAGACCUUGACCUAGAAAUCAUCAUGGGAAUUCAUAGCAUCCCAGACCUACCUGCCCACCCCCCCUCCCUGAAUUCUUUGGAUUGAGUGUGAUGGAUUCCACCCUCCUUUUUUGGGACCAUAUGGACCAUUUUUAUAUUAUAAGGCUGAGUUUUGUGGUGAUUUAUCUCAUGACACAUCUGUAUAGAAAAUAUGGCUCGGUUUUGGGUGUCAGUGACUCGAGCUUCAUCAAUGUUACAAAACAAAAAUAAGCUUUAUUGGUUUCAUAAAAUCUUGUGAAGCUCUAUUAUGGAUCAUUACAACUUGUUGACCAUCUGCAGUGUCAUUACCACAUCAGAGAUUUCUGAGAGAAUAACAUCCUUGUGUGCCAAGUUGAACAAUUAAUUAUGUAGUCAUUGUUAUUGACCUGCUUGUACAGUAAACUGUUUUGUGAUGAUUUAAAUUCUGUAAUAAAUGAUUAACAAUUA